AUGCUAACAGAUUGCAAAACUCUAAUUUCAGAGGGUGCAUAUGGCAAGGUAUUUAGUGUCUCAAGCAAGUAUGCUGUCAAAGUAGAGACUGACAAAGGUAAAAGAAAGAGAAGAUUAAGGGAAGAAGCCAGGAUCAUGAAGCUUGUGCAAGGACCAGGGAUUCCUAGGAUCAUUCAUCAUUCCACAAUUGAUGGCAGGGAUAGACUCAAGAUGGAACUUUUGGGACCUGAUAUGAGGAAAAUAAGAAAAUCUCAUGGAGGAGGCCUUGGAUUUCGAUCUACAAUAAUGUUUGGAAUCCAGGCUCUUGAAAGGCUGGAGCACAUACACAGUAAAGGUAUAAUUCAUAGAGAUAUAAAGGACUCCAACUUUGUUAUUGGCAAAAAUGAUCCUACUAAAAUUUAUCUAAUUGACUUUGGCCUUUCAGUGAGACUUGAGAGGUACAAUUCUAAAAAUUCUAACUAUUGAACUGUCGACGGAUUUGCAGGGAACCUCCUUUUCACAGGUAAAGAGUCUCAUAUUUAUAAGAACAGAGUCUCCAAAUAAAAAUGACUUAGAAAGCUUGCUUUACUUGAUGAUUUAUCUGUACAAAAGCAAGGUAAAUAAGAGAAAGAUAUCCAAAAGCCAGAGUUUUAAACGCAUUCCAGCUCUCCCUUGGGAUAGAAAAUUUGAGGAUGAUGAAAAUCUUCACAAGAAAAUCUAUAGACUGAAAGAUGAAUUCAAACCUCAAAUGCUUGGUAAAAAAUUUCCAACUGAAUUUAAGGAGUUUAUGAAGUAUGUUCAGGAACUAAAAUUUGACAUGGAGCCUAAAAUGAACUACUGUCAACAGCUUCUCAAAAGGUGCCUCAACAGGAGAAAUUUUAAUCUUGAUUACACUAAAUUCGACUGGCUUAAAAAGGUUUAUCUGAUUGACUCUAAGAGCAAUAACGCUAUAACUCUUUAUUCAGGAAACAGUAGAAGUAUUAGCACGAAGAAAAGAGACAAUAAAUGCCUUCACAAGAGAAACAUCAAGGAUAGACUAAGAGGAAAACUUGAUCAGAAAGACUUGGAGUACCUUAAGAUAAUUAAGUAAACAUUCAACAAUUUUUA